CCUUCUCCGGGUGGGCGGGGCUCUGCUCGCGGUGGCUUGUGGCUCCUUCCUGGACGGCUUCUCUCUUUCGCUCGGGCCCGUGGCGCCGGCAGGAUGGGCAAGUGUCGCGGUCUUCGUACAGCCAGGAAGCUCCGCAGUCACCGACGGGACCAGAAGUGGCAUGAUAAACAAUACAAGAAAGCCCAUUUGGGCACAGCCCUGAAGGCCAACCCGUUUGGGGGCGCUUCCCACGCAAAGGGAAUUGUGCUGGAAAAAGUAGGAGUUGAAGCCAAGCAGCCAAAUUCUGCUAUCAGAAAAUGUGUCAGGGUGCAGCUGAUCAAGAAUGGCAAGAAGAUCACAGCCUUUGUGCCCAAUGAUGGCUGCUUGAAUUUUAUUGAAGAAAAUGAUGAAGUUCUGGUUGCUGGAUUUGGUCGAAAAGGUCAUGCGGUGGGUGACAUUCCCGGGGUCCGCUUCAAGGUCGUCAAGGUAGCCAAUGUGUCACUUUUGGCUCUAUACAAAGGCAAGAAGGAAAGACCAAGAUCCUAAAUUUUAAUGAUAAAGAGACAAUAAAUUUUCAUAGUCCAAA